UUGCUUUGGCGCAUUCACAUUUCACAGGCUUGCUACUGCAUCGUCUGCUCUGCACCCUUCGUCAAGUAUUAUUCCUACACUUCUCACUCUCACUGUUUCAUUACUCGCCAUCUUUCGCCAUUUUAUUUAUCCCUACUGUAUAUUUAUUUAUCCCUGAUCGUUCGCCUGUCCGCGCUCCUCUCGUCUCACAGUGUGCUUGUAUCUCUCUCAGUCUCGGCCAGCAUGAACAGCGCUCCCACUCACAGCAGCAGCGACGGCGAAUACGGCAGCGAUCCCUCCAAGUCCUCCUCCUCCGCGGGCCGCUCCCCGCUCCCCGACAGCAAUGACGCCUCCCCGCAGCCCACCGCCGGCAAGAAGUCCAGCGGGCAAAAUAACAACAACCACAACUUCCAGAACUACACAGAUGGAUUGACGUUCUUCAAGAUCCUGGUGCCGAGUAUGGCCGCUGGUGCCAUCAUCGGAAAAGGAGGGGAGACGAUCGCGCAGCUGCAGCAGGAUACCGGCACCCGCAUCAAAAUGUCCAAGGCGACGGAUUUCUUCCCCGGCACGAACGAGCGCGUGUGCAUCAUCUACGGCGCGAACGCGGAGGCCAUCCUGUCCGUGCACGACUUCAUCGCGCAGAAGAUCCGCGACAAGCCGGACCCGGGCGCCAAGAGCGCCAUCGACUACGACACGAAGCAGCCGGCGGAGCGCGAGAAGCAGGUGAAGAUCCUGGUGCCCAACAGCACCGCCGGCAUGAUCAUCGGCAAGGCCGGCAACUAUAUCAAGCACGUGAAGGAGGAGUCGGCGGCCUACGUGCAGAUCUCGCAGAAGGCCAAGGACCACACCAUCACCGAGCGCUGCAUCACCGUCAUCGGGGAGGCCGCGCAGAACCGGCGCGCCUGCCAGCUGAUCCUCAACAAGAUCUUCGAGGACCCCCAGAGCAACUCCUGCCCCAACCUGUCCUACGCCGACGUCAUGGGCCCCGUGCCCAACUACAACCCCACCGGCAGCCCCUUCGCCAACGUGCUGGCGGGGGUGCCGUCCGGCCCGGCGGCCCCCGGGGGUCCCGGCGGGGAGAUGAACCCCUACCACUCGGCCGCCAAUCUCAACCAGAUCUUUGGCACGCUGCGCAACACGCUGCGGCUGAGCGGGUUCACGGAGGAGGCCACCAACGAGAUCCUGGCCGCCAUGGGCACGCUGGCCAGCUACGGGAUCCUGGGGCUGGGGCUGGGGCUCGGCGGGCUGAAUGUCAACAUGAAUAUGGGCUACGUGUCGCCGGUGUCCGGGGACCACGGGUCGGUUGACUCCGGCUACGGGAACCUGCAUUCCACCGCGCCCUCCAGCGUUAACGGGGCACCUCGCCCGUAUGGCUACGGCGACGGGUCAUCCAAGUCGCCGCUGCGCUUCAACGGGCACCACCCGCACGCGCACCCCCCGGGGGCGGCGGCGGACAGCGUGGAGAUGGGCGGGUACGGCGCGGCGCACGCGCUGUACGAGCAGCAGCAGCAGUUGUCGCCGGGCCAUCUGACCGACGCCGGCAACGCCUGGAGCCUGGGCCUGCAGCAGCAGCAACAGCAGCGCAACGCCACCAACCUGCCGCGCUGGGGCGGCGGGGGCGGGGGCGCCGCCAACGGCAGCCGGAUGGCCAGCAACGGCGCGGGCUACCCGCACCAGGAUACGGGCAUGUCCAUGAGCGGGGCCGGCGGCGGCGGCGGCGCCGGCGAGCGGACGCAGUGUAGUAUUGAAAUCAAUGAGAAUCUCGUGGGAGCGCUGUUGGGGCGGGAAGGGAAGAACGUGUCGGAGAUCGAGGCCAUGUGCGGCACGUCGAUCCAGGUGACGAAGAAGAAGUUCAGCGCCGGCCGGCGCAGCGUCGUCAUCACCGGCGCGCCGCAGCAGAUCCAGAUGACGCAGAUGGUCAUCCAGCAGCGUCUGGCGCAGGCCGAGGAGAAGCGCGCGCUGAGCCACAACCACAGCCACGCCCUGGCCGGCGACGGCGGCCCGCCGCCCUCCGGGGCGCCGCUCCUCAGUCCCGCCUCUCAGUUCGCCUGAAAACUGGGCGGCGCUGUAUUGAUCCGUUCCUGGUCAGAGCAGAGCAGAGCGCAUCCUCUUCAUCCCUCGCCCUCAUCCUGCUUGUUGUCAUCCCCGUUGUCAUCCCGUUUCGUCAUCCCUGGCUUUUAGCGUUUUAGCGCGGACGGUUUGUUGUCGGUUGUUGCGCGUUGUUUAGUGUUUAUCUUUUAUCUGUCGGGUUGGUGUCUCUCUGGUCUGUCCGCAUUAUCCGCCAACACCGCGGUUUGACGUCAGUGUGCAGAGCAGAGCAAGCUAUUUUUCUAUGUCUCCUAUAGGUCUUCGUUUUAUUUAUGAUAAUUUUAUUCGAUUAAAGUGCAAUUAAAAAUCCUUCGCAAU